UUUCUCUAUCAAAAAAGCUCCUCAAAACUCAAUCCUGACCGUUAAAACCAAUCAAUCAUCAUCUUCUUCUUCAAUUCUUCUUCUUCUUCCUCAUCCUCUCAACUUAAUCAUAUCUCUGAGGAGAGUUUUUUUUUUUUUUUUUUGUAACGUCACGCACACGUAACCUAAAAUCGAAGAUGGUGAGGAAAUGUAGAAAAGGUAAAGGAUUGGUUGAAAGUGGAGUUUCUUCUACGUAUAUGCAACUUCGUAGCCGGAGAAUCGUUUACAUCAGAUCGGAAAAAGCUAGCUCUGUAUUUGUUGAUGGUGAAGAUAAUGGAGUUUUGUCGUCUUGUUGUGGGAGCAAUGAAUAUAAGAAGAACAUAGAUCUAGAGAUAAAAGAAGGUGACACUGAAACGUCGACGUAUCGACGGAGAAGGAAGAGGAAGCUGUUUGAGGAUUUUAGAGACGAAGAAGAAGAAGAGAGGAGCAAAUCAAUGGAGAGUUAUUCAUCGGAAUUCGAAACCGCGAUUAAAGAACCGUUAGAUUGCUGUUGUAGCGGGAGAGUAGAUUUGUCGACGACGGCGGAGAAGGAGAAUUCGAGGGCGGAGAUGCCGACGGAAUCGGAAAUCGAUGAUUUUUUCGCUGUAGCUGAAAAAGUUGUCAAUGAAAAAUUCAAGAAGAAGUAUAAUUUUGAUUUUGAGAAGGAGAAGCCAUUAGAAGGACGUUACGAAUGGGUUAAGUUAGAGUGAAGAAGAAGGAAGAAGUAAUGUUUAAAGUUAACUUUUUUAGAUUUUUAAUUUUGAUUUUUUCAGAGAAUAAGUUUUUUUUUUUUGGGUGAAUUUGGGAAAAUAGAAGAUUUGUAGAAGGAAUGUUUUUAGAAGUACGAAAUUGCACAAAAAGUUUUAAGAGCCCAGAAAAGUCGUGUCUUUUAGCUCUCAGCUUUUUAACCGAAUCUUUUAUGUAUCUUUUAGCAUAUUCUUAUUAUGGGUUUACUGAGUAAAGAGUACUUUUUUUUGUUUUUCUGGACAUUUCAUAUGUAUUUCUAUCCCCACACUCAGUUUUAUUUUUGUUGUCGUC